GCCAAUUUGAUGUGAAACAAUUAAUAUCAAAGAAGUUACAACUGACAGUAGAGGCUGAGCAAUUGAAACCAUUUUUUAUGAAGGAAGUUGGCAGUCACUUUGAUGAUUUUGUGACCAAUCUUAUUGAAAAAUCAGCAUCAUUAGACAAGGGUGGCUGUGCUGUCACAUCUUUUUCUGGUUUUGAAGGAGAGAACAGCCAUCGAGCUAAAGAUCUAAGGGCACCUCCAGAACAAGGAAAGCUCUUUAUCGUAAGGCAAUCUCUGUUAGAUGAGCUGUUUGAGGUGGACCACAUCAGAACCAUAUAUCACAUGUUUAUUGCACUCCUCAUUAUUUUUAUCCUCAGCACACUGGUAGUAGAUUACAUUGAUGAAGGAAGGUUGGUGCUUGAGUUCAGUCUCCUGUCUUACGCUUUUGGCAAAUUUUCUAUUGUUCUUUGGACCUGGUGGGCCAUGUUCCUGUCUACACUUUCGGUUCCUUAUUACCUUUUUCUACAUUGGGCCAAUGGAUAUAGGCAGAGUUCCCACCCAGUGCUUCAUUCUCUGUUCCAUGGCUCACUUUUUGUACUUUUCCAGAUUGGAGCUUUAGGUUUUGGAUCCACAUAUGUUGUAUUAGCAUAUGCACUGCCACCAGCUUCCCGGUUCAUUGUUAUACUUGAACAGAUUCGUUUUAUAAUGAAGGCUCAUUCAUUUGUCAGAGAAAAUGUGCCUCGGGUAAUGGAUUCAGCUAAGCAGAAAUCAAGGACUGUACCAAUACCCACAGUCGGCCAGUACUUGUACUUCUUAUUUGCUCCUACCCUGAUCUACCGUGACAGCUACCCCAGGACUCCCACGAUAAGAUGGGGUUAUGUUGCUACUCAGUUUGCACAGGUUUUUGGUUGCAUUUUUUAUAUAUACUACAUCUUUGAAAGGCUCUGUGGCCCCUUGUUUCGGAAUAUCCAACAGGAACCCUUCAGCGCUCGUGUCCUCAUCCUGUGUGUAUUUAACUGCAUCUUGCCAGGUGUGCUGUUUCAGUUCCUUACUUUUUUUGCUUUUUUGCAUUGCUGGCUCAAUGCCUUUGCUGAGAUGUUACGUUUUGGUGACAGAAUGUUUUAUAAGGACUGGUGGAACUCUACAUCAUUUGCCAAUUAUUAUAGGACCUGGAAUGUGGUCGUCCAUGACUGGCUAUAUUACUAUGCUUAUAAGGACUUUCUCUGGUUUUUCACUAAGAAGUUCAAAUCUGCUGCAAUACUAGCAGUCUUUGCUGUGUCUGCUGUAGUGCAUGAAUAUGCCUUGGCUCUCUGCUUGAGCUUUUUCUACCCAGUGCUCUUCGUGCUCUUCAUGUUCUUUGGAAUGGCUUUCAACUUCAUUGUCAACGAUAGCCGGAAGAGGCCAAUUUGGAAUGUUAUGAUGUGGGCUUCCCUUUUUGUGGGUCAUGGAAUCAUCAUGUGUUUUUAUUCUCAAGAGUGGCAUGCACGUCAGCAUUGUCCUCUGAAAAAUGCCACCUUUCUGGAUUAUGUUCGACCUCGUUCCUGGACUUGCCGUUAUGUGUUUUAGAAGUUUGGACUUUAUUUCCUUUUAUAUCACUGAAGAUUAGAUAUUCUGCCUGAUUUGGAGCCAGCAGCUGUUUCCAAUAGUUACAGAAGUUACCUGUAUUCUUGGACCAUUCUAGCAUUUACAGGUGGCUCACUCCAUUCCUAGGUUACGUCAAGCUGAGCUUUUGGAA